CACGCUCAAUGUAAACACCGCUUUGUCUCUGAGCCCGUGGCUGCCUGGAGCUCUGCACUCGCCAUGCCAUGGAUACUUUAUGGCAAUACCAGUUCAGGAUCAUUUUACUGGGGGACUCGACGGUGGGCAAAUCAUCUUUGCUCAAGCGGUUCACGGACGGCGUCUACAGCGAUGCAGCGGACCCGACGGUCGGGGUGGAUUUCUACGCCCGCUCACUAGACAUCGAGCCCGGCGUUAAAAUCAAGCUACAGCUAUGGGACACCGCCGGCCAAGAGAGAUUCAGGUCCAUCACUACUUCCUACUAUCGCAACUCUGUGGGCGGCCUCUUAGUCUUCGACCUGACGAACAGGAAGACCUUCGAUCACGUGCGGGAAUGGCACCGAGAGGUCAGCGAGCACAUCCUGCCUCAUCACAUGGUCUACAUCCUAAUCGGCCACAAGAGUGACCUGAGCCGCGACCGCAAGGUGACGCGGGACGAGGCGGAGCAGCUUGCGGCCGAACUCGGCAUCUGCUACGUGGAGACUUCGGCCAAGUGCAACAGCAACGUGGAGCGUGCUUUCGAGCUGCUCACAUGGGACAUCUAUGAGCUGAUGAAGAUGGGCGAGAUCUCCACGCGCGACGGCUGGGACGGGGUCAAGAGCGGCCUCACCGCUAAAGUUCUGUAUCCCGCCGAAGAAGAGGCGGAGCGAGAAAAGAGCUGCAACUGCUGACUCCCACAAGCCACCUGCAGUCGCUCACCUGUGUAUCAGUCGGUCAUCGCUUUCACUAAUGUGUCGCAUCAUGGUCACUGCCUCAGGCCUGGACUGCUGCUCUUAUCUCGUUGUCCCUGUCUGAGGUUGAUGGUACAAGCCUCUCAAAGGUGUAGUAUAUUUGGGCUUGAAUGGACAGGCCCUGCUUCAUAUUGUUGGAGAUCACGUCAUGUUCUGAAGUUUGCAGCACUCUUGUGGAUAGCGUGCGGGUAAAGGAUUUUAGAGUCUAGUUGUACUUCACAUCCUCUGGAGCUAAUAUGGUUUAUUUGGUUUGCUCCUUUCCCUUUAACCAUUAUUACUAUAGUACAGUUAACAUUUAGCGAGAACAUAUCGUAAUUGCAAUCUUAUCUACACUUAAAUACUUCAAAGACCCCAUAAAAUGGCUUGACUACAUGGUUUUCUUUCCUGUGUUGACAUUCCUUAUUGAAACAGGAAGUUGGAGAUGGACAAAUGGCUUGUCCUUAAAAAAAACUAUAUCCAAUAGCCAUUAGUUUAUGUCAGUGCCAUGAGCCAUGCUACUUCCUAUUGCUAGUCAGUGGCUGGUGGUAUUAGGAGAAGGGCAUUUGAGAGCAUAAUAUUUUCCCAGUAGCAAAAUACUGUAAAGUGUGUGUUUUUAAUAGGUUUUUAGGACUACACAUAGUACAUAAACGCCAUCUAUAUUAAUAAGAGUCAUGGACUGAAAGCCACAAAACUCCAAAAAGAACAUAUAAAAGUGAAAACUGGCUGGUAGACAUAAUUUAUAGGUAAAAAGGCAAGACUAAGGGGCCGUUCACACAGAACGCAUUUUACCAUUCUAAUGUGCUACUUUUCUAUUGUGUUUCUAUGUAAACACACGCUAGCUGGACGUGUAUGACCACUGCACUCGCUUCUUUUACAGCGCCAGAGUUUUAAAACUCUGUCAAGUUAAAAGAAUUUCAAUUUUUACACACAGCGCCGCUCAUCAAUAUCAGUUCCAAAACAGUGGACCAAUAAGAAGACCCCGGAGGCGGAGCAAGCGUUACAAGUGUACAGUAGCAAGUUGGCAUGGAAAUUAUUUAUCAGAACCUGUUUCUUAAAAAAAAUCUAUUCUGCUGUUUGGAUUUUUUCUGUUAUUUCCAUUAUUGCAUCACGUCUCAAAAGCGCGUCUCAAGAGCAUUCUGUGCUGUGCUUUUU